AUGUACCCAUGGACCCAUGUACCCCUGUACUUCUGUACCCAUGGACCCCAGUACCCCUGUACCCAUGGACCCAUGUACCCCUGUACUUCUGUACCCAUGGACCCCAGUACCCAUGGACCUAUGUACCCCAGUACCCAUGGACCCAUGUACCCCUGCACUUCUGUACCCAUGGACCCCAGUACCCCUGUACCCAUGGACCCAUGCACCCCUGUACUUCUGUACCCAUGGACCCAUGGACCCAUGGACCCAUGGACCCCUGUACUUCUGUACCCAUGGACCCAUGGACCCAUGUACCCCUGUACUUCUGUACCCAUGGACCCCUUUACCCAUGGACCCAUGGACCCAUGUACCCCUGUACCCAUGUACCCAUGGACCCAUGGACCCAUGGACCCCUGUACCCAUGGACCCCAGUACCCAUGGACCCAUGUACCCAUGGACCCAUGGACCCAUGUAGCCCAGUACCCAUGGACCCCAUUACCCAUGGACCCAUGUACCUCUGUACCACUGUACCCGUGUUCCCCAGUACCCCUGUACCCCUGUACCCAUGUACCCAUGUACCCCUGUACCCCUGUACCCCUGUACCCAUGGACCCAUGGACCCAUGUAUUCAUGUACCCAUGUACCCAUGUACCCCUAUACCCCUGUACCCAUGUACCCCU